AGUGUCAAUUCCUUCUGCACAAAAAGAACUCAAAUAAGUAUGUGCAAAUUGAGAGGGACACACAACCACCCUCACGCCCGGAUAACUGCCUAUGCUGGGGGAGAUAUACCCUGAUCAUCGGCGAGACAUUCCAGUUCUUUUGUAGCCUUUGUGAACCAUUUUUGCGUGGAGACAUCUUGUUGGUUUAACAGACUUUAAACAUAACCCAGACGCAUUCACUUGCGUGUCGACAGGAAAAGGUGCUCGAUUUUCUUUCGUCACGAUGGGGACUACUCUGGCAUCACAGAGUGCCGUUCCUGACGUCGAUCUGUCUCAAAAGACUGCCAUUGUAACUGGAGCCAACACGGGAAUUGGAUAUGAUACAGCUAAAACGUUUGCCCAACUUGGAGCAAAGGUCAUUGUGGCAUGUCGAUCUGAAAGCAAGGCGAAAGAAGCGAUAGAAAGAAUGCACAAGGAGCACAAAGAGGAGAAGGGAAAUGAGAAGAAAACCAAGUUCAAAAUUAAGGCCAACGAACUUGAUAUUGAAUUCAUUGACCUCGACCUCUCGUCUUUAGAAAGUACGAUGAACUUCGUAAAGGCAUUUAAAGCCAAGAAGAUCCCUCUUCAUAUACUAGUGUGUAACGCUGGCAUGGCUUUUGGAGGAGAAGUGAAAACAGCUGACGGUUUCGAGAUCCACUUCCAGGUCAAUUACUUGUCACAUUUCCUCAUGACCCUUCAUUUACUUCCGGAAUUGAAGUCGGCGGGCCCCAACGCUAAGAUCGUGAUGGUUUCGUCAAUUGCCUAUCGCAGUGCACGUUGGAUAGAGGAUAACAUGCAGGCAAUCAAUAGGGACCAACUCAGCAAAUAUGGAUUUACUAAGCUGUAUCAGAUUAUGGAGAUGUUCACACUGGCCGACAAGUUGAAAGGAUCUGGGAUCGAUGUGUUCUCACUUCACCCUGGUUUUGUAGAUACAGAUAUAGCGAAGAAAGAUGGUCAACAGAUUGGUUGGUUGAUGAGAGUUUUAGUGAGCGUAAUAACUUAUAUGGGGCUGGCCCGAACCACUUUUGACGGAGCUUUGACAAGUAUCCACGCCGCAAUCAACCCGGAGUUUGACGGCAAGACAGCGAUUUACUUGGAAAACUCAAAGCCAGCCACUCUCCAGAAUCCACUUGCGACGGACAAGGAGAAGCAGGCAUUUCUCUGGAAAUACAGCCUGGAUUGUCUGAAGGAUUACGUCACCGAAGAUACGCUGAAAGAACUGACGUCACAAUGAAGCUGAACCUAUAGCCUCGCUGGCAUAAUCGCUGGAGAAAGGCAGUUUUUAAUGAUCAACGGGGUGGCAGGAAUAUUAAUUACCUGUAGAAAGAUUCCCAUAACUACCGAAAGUAGAUAAAUUCAUGCCUCGUUCCUGAGUAGGUAAAUUGCCAAUUCAUCUAUCGCCAACACGUCCAUCAUCAUGUGGGCUACCUUCGUUCAGUCUGAUGCCAUUCCGUCCAUCAACAUUACAGGUCCAAUAACCAUUUGGUCCAAUAAUCAAUUCAUCUAAUCACCAGUUCGUCUCUGAUCAUUUCUUCUCGCAACCAGUUGGUCUAAUACCUAUGUCAUUUUCAUUCAUUUCGCCCAAUUAACACUUAGUCUAUUUAGACCAAAUGGUAUAUAGACCAAAUGGCUAUCACAACAACUGGUUAUGAGACGACAUGGUGAGUGGACAAAAUUGCAAUUAGACCAUAACGAUAAUGGACAAACUGAUGCUAGACCAAUUGAGAGUAGACGAGUUGGCAAUUGGACGAAUUGGCAUUCAACCAUUACAAGCUUCGCUUUUUAAUAAGUCCCUCAUUUUCAUUUUCACGUGUAUGCAAACUGUAGUCUAUAAUUUGUCUAAUCAUCAAAAUGUGUUUGGAACAAAAAUAUUUAUAUAUGCUCCGACUAUUUCCUACGAAUUUGUUAAUUAAUUAUUGAAGUAUUCUUAUGACACGUAUUCUGUUAUGUACAUUCAUGCAUAUGCAUAUAUAUGUUUGUUAUGUUUAUUAUCAGAAAAUGGAAGUGGAAAAAAUAUAAACUGAGUCGAUAUUCAGAUAGUAACUUUGCAGAUCAGGCCUAAAUCUAAUCACUAUAAUUGGUCUAUCCUUUUUUUUCGACAAAAAUGAUAAAGACAUCAACCUUAAUUGUGCAAGUUGCAAAUAAAAAUCGCAAAUUUAAUUAGUAAUUAUGAUAAUCAUGGUCAUUGUUGUAGCUGUUGAAGAACUGACAUGAAGGAACAGAACUUUGGUGACAUUGUCAUCAAUGUACCUACAGUGUCGCAACAACAAUAGUACUUCGAUACCUAAAAGAUUUCAGUGUGCUAGGCCACCUACUCAAAUUGCCUGCGGGGCGCUCCCUGUCGCACGAAGCCCCCCAAAA